AUGGUGCUUUUUCAAAACGACUGCAUUGAUCUGCAAUUCGCCUCACUGAAGCUCCUGGUCAACCCAAGCAAGGAUCGGACAGUCGCUGAAGUGGCUCGCCGUCACAAAAUCGCUCAAAAGACAUUGCAGCGACGGCUGUUCUGGAGCAAAGCCUCAGUCGUGAUGAAUUCACAUUUUACGAUGGCAGCCAAGUCAUUGCAGACGUGGCGCCUAGGGGACUUGAAGCAUUUCAGAAAUUGGAUGACAAAUAGAAGACCUAUCUUCGCGAACGAAAGCUCUCCCUGUCGGAAGACUGCCAUUGUUGCCGGGCACGCUAUGCUCUGGGCUAUGGAUGACGCAAAUGGUGAAUGGAUCUGCACACCAGCUGAUCUAAAAGCCUACACACAUAUUCUGUAUUUGAAUAUUCCACCCGAAAUAAUUGGGGAAUAUCGGAUGAAUGAUCAGAGAAAAACCCGCCCGGUCGUAUCCAUCGCCCACCUGGAAACAUGGCAACACACCGAGAAGACUCAACUACGUCGUCUUUGCCGAUCCCACGAUAUAAUUUUCAGCACGAUUUCUCCUUCCCAGGAUGUAUUGGGCGACAUCAUCCAUCUUCUUCUAGACUUCCAUCGUCAUACGGAAGACCGGAAUACCAAAUUGGCCGAGCAGCAGAUGGACAAGAUUAUAACUGCUGGUUCUGAGGCGCCAGAGACCGUGUUGGUCUUUGACGCCUACAAAACAUUAGCAUCGCAAGACAGUGGUGAAUUGUUCUGGAAACAGGUGCCCCCACCGUCUGUUGGGAAAGGCGAAAGUUCCCCAUUGAAAAAGUUGUUCAGCAGUCCUUUGCAAUAUUCAUAA